AUGAAUCUUAACCAAACAGAUUACUGUUACUGGUUUUCCUGUCCAGAGAGAUCAGUAUCUUCUGCACUGAAUGUGUUAUUGUAUAUGUCUACAGCAGCUGUUGUUCUUCUAACAGUGUGUGGGAACCUGCUCAUCAUCAUCUCUGUGUGUCACUUCACGCAGCUCCACACACCAACUAACAUGCUCAUCCUCUCUCUGGCUGUGUCAGACUGUCUCAUCGGUGUUUUUGUGAUCCCUACAGCAUUAAUUUGGAUGAUUGAAUCAUGUUGGAUAUUUACUGCAUUGUACCGUGUUUGUUUUACAUUCAUUUCCUGCUUUCUCUCAACUACAUCAAUAUUUAAUGUUGCUCUGAUUGCUGUUGAUCGGUAUUUUGCUCUCUCUAAGCCGUUUCUGUACAACAAAACAGUCUCCCUCAGCGCAAUGUGUAUUACAGUUGUAUCAGUCUGGAUUGUAUUGUUUAUUUAUAAUAUAGCACUUCAGUACUUCAAUGGGACCUUUGGAAGUCUUGUAACAUGUCCUGGAUACAACUUUUUUAUCUGGUCUCUGGUCGAUCUUGUGUUGACUUUUGUUUUCCCACUUGCUGUAAUAGUUAUAUUGUAUGGUCAAGUGUUUUUUAUUGCCAAGAAACAUGCCACUGGUAUUAGAGAGCUUAAUAGUCAGACUAGUACUCAGACCUCAAAGAACAUGUCAAACUCAAUGAAAUCUGAGAGAAAAGCAGCCAAAGUGCUUGGUAUUUUAGUGUCUGUGUUUUUGGCCUGUUUACUUCCAUACUUUGUUUAUUGUGUAUUAGGUAAUGUCAUAGAAAUGGAAGAAAAAUCAUUUCAGAAGGUGUUGAUGCUAGUUUAUUUUAAUUCAACAAUCAAUCCAGUGAUUUAUGCCUUAUUUUAUCCAUGGUUUAGGAGAUCUGUUAAACUGAUAUUAACUCUUCAGAUAUUCUUAACUGAUUCUACACUGAUAAACAUUCUUUGA